AUGGUACUGACAAGAAAAAGGAAGAAUUAUUCUUCAGAUGAUGUCAAUGAUGAACAUCGAUCAAGGAAUAAUGUUAAUGGUCUUUCUAUACGACCGAGAGUUAAUUUUAUUAAUUAUGUAGAGACAGAAGAAUCAAUAAUAUCAGAAAAGGAAGAUAUAGAUGAAGAUAAGAAUGAAGAGGAGGAAUAUGAUGAAAAAAAAUGUUCAAAUAUUGUUAAAUUGAAGUUGCCAUUUCAUCGAAUGUUAAAUCAAAAUAAUUAUGAUAAAAAUGAUGUUCAGGAAAAUAGUAAAGAGAAAAAGGAUACAAAUUUUGAUAAAGCCCUUAAUAAAAACGGUUUCUGGAAUUUUGUUUCUAAAAGACCGGCUAGCAAAUUAAAUCAGAAUCUAUAUAAAACCCGUUCAGUUCGUCAGAUAUUACUUGAAGAAAAAAAGAAUCCUUCAAAAUCUUCAAAGAAUAAGUCGGCUGAUUCUUCAAGUGAAUAUGAAUAUGGAAGUGACGAUGGUUUUUCUGAUGAUGAUUCUGAAUCUUUAUCAUCAAUAAAUGAAACAUCCGAUUUUAUUACUGAUGACAGUGAUAAUAGCUAUCGUCGAACUAAAAAGAAAAGUAGGAAUAGGCGAAGAGGUGGUGUAGAGAAGUCAUCUAGGAGAUCGAAACGGAACAGUAGUUUUGAUGAAGAUGGAUUAGAAUAUGAUGAUGAUAUUGAGGAGGAUGAAAUAAUUAAAGAACUGCGAGAUCUUAGAUCUCCUUCUCCUCAUAAGGUAAAUUUGCGUCAAAGGGUUUCAAGACCUGAUUAUACUAUUCCUCCGCCUUUGCCUACACAUUUACCUACUCCAAAAAAACAAAAUGUGAAUGGACGGGUGACGUCAUAUAAAUUAUUUUCGAGAUUGGGUCAAACUUCAAAUUUACAUACUACUACUAUUCCAUCUAUCACUGGAGAUCUGGGAGUAUUGAAGGACAUUGCGGAAUCUUCGAACUCUGAAGAUGAGUUAAAUAGAGUUAGGAAAUUUGAGCUUUUAGGGAGUAAGAGUUUUUUAUCUACAACAUGUAAUACAGAUCUUGCUGGAGUUCCUAGUGAUUUUGGUAGAAUAAAACAAGAUCUAGCUGAUACGGAUCCAUUAGGCGUUAAUCAAGCUGCUACUUUUGGAUCUAUUGGGGGCUUGAAUGAUUUUAUUAUUCAGCUUAAGGAAAUGGUUAGUUUACCAUUAUUGUAUCCCGAAAUUUUUCAGCGUUUUAAUAUUACUCCUCCCAAAGGUGUUUUAUUUCAUGGUCCUCCUGGUACUGGAAAAACAUUAAUGGCAAGAGCACUUGCUACUAGUUGUUCGAAUAAAGAAAGAAAAAUAUCUUUUUUUAUGAGAAAAGGUGCUGAUUGUUUAAGUAAAUGGGUAGGUGAAGCUGAAAGACAAUUGCGUCUAUUAUUCGAGGAGGCCAAGAAUAGUCAGCCUAGUAUAAUUUUUUUUGAUGAGAUUGACGGUCUUGCUCCAGUACGAUCAAGUAAACAAGAACAGAUUCAUGCAUCUAUAGUUUCAACACUUUUGGCCCUGAUGGAUGGCAUGGAUUCUCGAGGGCAGAUUGUUGUAAUUGGUGCAACAAAUAGACCAGAUGCUGUUGAUCCAGCUCUUCGUCGUCCUGGAAGAUUUGAUCGAGAGUUUUAUUUUUCUCUUCCAGAUUUUGAAGCGCGUUUGAGUAUUAUAAAAAUUUAUACAAAAGGUUGGGAUCCGCCAUUGUCAGAAUCAUUUCAGAAACAAUUAGCUGAACAAACGAAGGGAUAUGGUGGUGCUGACUUGAAAGCACUUUGUACUGAAGCAGCAUUAAGUGCUGUUCAGCGUCAAUAUCCACAAAUUUAUAAAAAUUCAGAUAAAUUAUUGAUAGAUUCUGAAAAUAUAAAGGUAGAACCUAAGGAUUUCAUGUCUUCUAUGAAAAAAAUUAUACCGUCUUCUCAAAGAUCUACACAUUUAGAGGCAUCUUCUUUGCCUGAUUUGGUUGUCCCAUUAUUGAACUCAAAAUUGCUUGAAAUAAAGGAAAAACUUUCUUAUAUUAUGCCACAGAAUGGAAAAGUAAAUUCUCUAGAAAAAGCUAUAUAUGAACCUUUAGAAGAUAAUUCCUUUGAAUAUGAAAAAUUUUUGGAGACAUUCGAAAUGUCUAGGAUUUUUAGGCCUAGAUUACUUAUACAUGGUAAACCUGGAAUGGGACAACAAUAUAUUGGAGCUGCUGUUCUUUAUCAUUUUGAAGGAAUUUAUGUUCGAUCUUUCGAUCUUGCUUCCCUUAUGGAAGAUUCUACAAAAACCCCAGAAUCACUUAUAGUACAGUAUUUUAUUGAAGUAAAAAGACAUAAACCGAGUGUAAUUUAUAUACCAGAUUUUCAAAUAUGGUAUUAUGCUGUCUCUGAAUCUGUUAAAACAACUUUGAAGAUGUUAUUAACAAGUUUAAAAUCGACAGAACAAAUACUUUUUUUCGUUGUCGUUAAUGAUGUAAUUGGUAAACUUGACAAAGAAGCUUUAUUAUGGCUUAAUAUUUCCGAAGAAAAUAUGGUAGAAUUGUUUGCGCCUAUUAAGGAUUUUCGGCAUGAUUUUUUUAAAAAGCUAAUUGAUUUGAUAAAAAUACCUCCUUCAAAAAUACCUGAUGAUCUAAAAAAGAAAAAAAAAAUGCUAAAGGAUCUUCCAAAAGCCCCCAACCCUCCUCCAAGAGUACUUACCAAAAAUGAAUUAAAGGAAUUGGAAUAUAGGGAUCGUAAAUUGAAAAAUAUAGUUAAAGUUAAAUUAAGUCCCCUCAUGGAAAUGUUAAAAACACGGUAUAAACGUUUUAGAAAACCUGUUAUUGAUCCUAAUGAAAUAUGGUAUUUAAUGACUUCACCAAAAGAUUUGUCAAUAGACAUUACCAAUCAGCCUUAUGAACUUGUUGAACAUAAUUUGAUUCAUGAAAAGGCUACUGGAAAAAAAUUUAUUAAUAUGGAUUUAGAAUUAAUUGAAGAAAAAUUAUGGAAUAGUAUUUAUUUAAGCCCUAAACAAUUUUUACAUGAUAUAAAGGCAAUAAUGUAUGAUGCAAAUAUUAGUGGAGAUCGUGAAAGAUUAUUGAAAGCUCAAGAAAUGUAUACUAAUGCGCAAAUGAGCGUGGAAGAUAUAUCUGAUUCAUAUUUUAUACUUGAAUGUCGUCGAAUGAUAGAGAGGGAAAAAGAAAGACAAAAAAAUAAAAUUUUAGAAAUUAAUAAAAAUAAUAUAUUGAAAGUUGAAAAUUCUAGUAAUGUAGAAAAAUUGGACGAAAAUAAUUUAGUUUCAUCUGUUUCUUCUAUGACUGAAUUAUCUUUGGAAAAUACAGAAGUUAAUAAUGUUAUUACAGAAGAUGAUAUCUCAUAUGAUGAUAAUAUUGAACAUAUGAUCGAUUUUACACCGAUUGAUACGAUUGAUUAUAAAAACAAUGAAAAUAAUAUGAAUAUAGAUUUUGAAAUUAAUAAAAAAAUAGACACGAACACCUCAGAAAAGCUAAUUUUAAAGGAUUCAGAUCAUAAAUUUCAUAAUUUAAUUUCUAAUAUUUCUAAUUCUUUAAAAGAAAAUCCUACAUCUAUUAAUGACAUUAAUAAAAAAUCAUCUAAUAUAUCACAGCUAUUACAGAUUAAUCCUGACUGUGAUUCUAAUAAUGAGAUUUUUAAUAUAGAAAAUAUAGAUGAUACAUCUGUUUUUACUCUUAUAUUAGAUCUGUCUAAGCUUAAUCUUUUAUUGGAUAAAAUGGUUGAAAUGACGGAUAGCGCAAGUGUUGAAGAUUUAGAAAAACUUUAUUCCGCAUGUAUAAAUAUUCUUUGGCAACAGAAAAAUAAUUGGAAUAAAAAUGAUGUAAUUGAUCUAAUUGAGCAAGUAUUUGAGAAAACAUGGGAAAAUAUUAAAAGGCCAAAUUCUUAA